AUGCUUUCGGCUCAGCAGCAAACUACAUCGGCUCAACCGUUGACGGCGCCUACACUCGAAGUAGCGCCAGCACAAGGACUUUCAACAACGCCUACAACAAUAAAAUCAGCAUCAACUCUGACACCUGGCUUUGGAUCAUCACCGACACCAACACUUCAAUCAUCACAGGCAUUCACAACAAUAUUGUCUACAGCUCCGGCGGCAACAUCCGGAAUUAAAUCGGCAUCAACAUUGAUACCAGGACUGGCAUCAGCGGCAACAGCAAUAUCACUUUCCGAAUCGACGCCAAUACCGAGCGUUAAAUCUGCGCAGCCGCUGGUGCCAGGAUCGAUGACACCUACGACUUCAGCAUCAAACUCGGCGGCUAAUGCAGCAUCCAGCUUAGCAACAGCAUCGGCGACGGAAACCAAUGCUUCAUCGACAUCGGCAUCAUCAACAGCAAAAACGGUAAAUGAAUCCAAAUCUGUUAUAACAACAAUUCGCAUAUCCGGAUCGGCGGGCAAGGUUGCACCAGCGUCUCAAACACAGGCCUUCGAAUCUAACGUCUCCAAUACUGAAAUUAUCAAACAAAUAGAGAGUAGUUACCGUCGUGACAAAGGGCCAGGUCCCGGCUUGAAUAUUUGCUCCAAACCAUUAGCGAUUGGAGUGGCAGUGGGUGGUAUUCUAGCAAGCAUCGUCUUGUUUUCCUUAUUAGGUGUUUAUUUAGCAGGUAAAGAAGCGACACCAAUAAUUAAUGGCAUUGAUACAUCAAAUACUACAUUAUCAGUUAGAGGUACAAACCCAACAACAACCAACAUGCAAUCAUCCAGCUCGACUGAUAUCCCGUCGUCCAGCUCGACCGAUGUCCCAUCGUCUACGAUCAGCACAUCUCAAAAUGACGAAAGUAGCAGUAGUGGAGGUAGUGGAGAUAGCAGUACUACUGUAGCAAGCCAGGCUGGUAAUAACAAGGCUCCCAACUAUGCCGUGUAA